CAGAGAGUGUUCUUUAACAGGAAAACAGAUUUUCCUCGUUCAGUAUUUAUGUUAAGACAUUAUGGAUGGUUGACAUGGGUUUGCUCUAACACUGGUGUAAUAAUAAGAGUUGAGUUCCCAUUUCCUUCUUUUUAUCUGUAACUGUCACUGUAAAGUUGAAUAUGUCGACAUGGAAAGAGAAACUAAGGAGAGUUGUAACAGUGGAGCCGGUGAUUUUUCUCUACAUGACCAGCACUUUCAUUGUGACACCUGCUUAUCAACAGAUGAUAAUCACAAAGGUUUGUCGUGAAUUACUCAAGAAUGAUACAAUCUGCAGUGAUCCAGGGCACCACAAAGGGGACGAGGAGGUCCAGGCGAAAGCAUCCUACAUUCUGAUUCUCUUCAGCAUCACCCUCAGUCUGGUCUCCAUUCCUCCAGCUAUACUGCUGGGCUCCUGGUCUGACCGUGCUGGCCGCCGGUCGGUCAUGGCAUUCCCUUCAUUGCUGUCCCUGCUGAGUGGGGGCUUGUUACUGGCUAUAGACCUGAUGGAAAACAUAAAUAUUUACUGGGUCCUGAUGGCUGCCGCCCUCACAGGCCUGACCGGUGGCCAUGUUUCCAUAUUCCUCAGCUCCUUCAGCUACCUGGCUGACUUAACAAUGGGUUCCAGCUCCAUUCGAACAUUACGUAUGGCAGUGGCUGAGUCAAUGAUCUUCGUUGGGGGGAUGGUGGGCUUCCUACUAGGUGGAUUCCUGGAGCAAGAGUUUGGGCUCAAGGCAGCAUUCGGGGCCUACAUUGGCUGCCAUGUCCUGGUACUGACUUAUAUUUCGCUAUGGCUGAGAGACCCUACAUUGGUGAAAAAUAUAUGUACUGCUCCCUCUAAAGAGGAUACAGUUGAGCAAGAUGCUCAAGAAGACCACUCUCGGAUGUUUAUCAUGAAGUAUGCCAAGCUGUCUUUUAAAGCAGUAUUCAAGAGGAGGCCAGGACAGGAGAGACUGAAAUUGCACUUUCUCAUUCUCUGCACCUUCAUAAAUAACCUGGUGGCCGUUGGGGAUCAGUCCAUCCUGCUGCUGUAUUUGAAGUAUGAGCCCAGAGAGUUUACAACUGCCCUGUUUGGGGUAUUUAACUCUGCAAGGAUGCUGUUUUUUGGUUUUGGUCUGCUGGGUCUAUUUCCUGUGCUGAUGAGAUGUGUGAAGGAGAUGACUCUAGCAAAACUCAGUGCUGUGUUUAGAGGCGCCUCUUACGUCCUACUCGCCUUCUCAAACAACACAUGGAUGGUCUUCCUCGUGGCUGUAGUUGGCGCUCCAUCUGGUAUCAGCCAAGCAGUGAUUCGUUCUUUGUCUUCUGCCAUUGUGGGACCAGAUGAACAAGGUGCGAUGUUCUCCUUCUCUGCAUCAGUGGAAGCGACCUGCAUCCUCAUUGCUUCCAGCAUCUUUAAUGGCCUGUACCCCCUGACCCUGCCCACCUUCCCUGGCAUGCCCUUCAUUGUCAUGGCUGUCUUCAUGCUCAUCGUGCUCAUUAUCUUGCAGUGGAUUAGUGAAAUGCCCACCACUCAGCCUCGACUUGUGCUUUAGGACUGAGUAUUCUCCUUCUUGGUUAUUCUUCAAGCACAAAGUGGAUCCAUGAUUGAAUAUUGUCUCUUUUUCUGUGCCGAACUGUUCUUCUCUUAAAGUCAAGCUAAAUGCUCCUGACUCCCAAGAGCUGUAUGUAAAAAAAAUUCUGUCUCAUAUUGUAUAUGAGGAAAACACCACUUAAUGGUAAAUAUUUGCCUGUCUUUCACCAGGAAUAACAUAAUCUCACAUUAAAAAUAAAUGAAAGGAUGAAUUCACAGUUGAAGUUACUGUACCACUUGCACUUUUUGAACUGAUUUGAUCUUGUAAUAUAAAAGUGAUGUUUUUAUAAUUCAUAGGUAUUCAUACAUAAAGUGUAGUAUUCACUACACAAGCACAUUUGACAUUGAAAUGUACAAUUUCAAAAUACUGACAGCAUCAAAACGUAAAAAUGUUUAUGUAUUAACAACUUUAGAGACGUACAAAUAUUUAUGAAUCCUAUGAGAUUCAUAGAUUAUUUAAUUCAUUGGUUGAUUUUUAUUGUAUUUAUAAUAAAUGAGUCAGUAAAUGAGUGAAACACAAGUUCGACAGUGUUUCAUUUAUAUUUCCUACUUGUUGAGCUUUGAUGAUAAUUCAGUUCAACCAAAGAGUGCAUAUAACUUUUAUUAUUCUCAUCUGGAUUCAUUUUCAGAGGAUUUGUAAAUAUCUCUAAAGUUGUACGUAUGUAAAAGGCUUACCCUUUCAUACAAAUACCUUUGAAUACAAAUGAGGUCACCCUUGUAUUAUUUGUAAGUACUGUAUAAUACAUUUUGAACUACAGAAUGAUAUCAUGCAGUAAUGACUUUUAGUUAAAGAGUUAAAGCAUUGCAUGUGCAGAACAUUGUCUGGAGGUACACAGUGGAGAUCAUCUGAAAUGGAGCACGGCCGGAAUGAUUGUGUGGCGUGAAAGCAUUAAUAACCCCUUAAUAAAAUUAGAACAAUGAAAGGUCAACUCUGGAAUUGGAAGAAGUAACUGAGAAUUGCUACUCUAAUUUGUUCUUC